AAUCCCGGGGGCGGAGCCAGGCCGCUCGCGAUGCCGGCCAGUCACGUGAUCCCGGCAGGGCGGCUGUAGAAGGGCAGGAAGCGGAAGUGAGGCAGGAGCUUGCGGUCCCGUGACCGUUGUGGAGCUUGGUAGCUACAGCGAGCGAGCGCGCGGGGCGAUGGCAGCGGGGUAUCAGUAUCGGCCCGGCCCGGCGGGCGGCGGCCCGGGAAUGCAGGAGCCCAACUUCCUGUGGAGCGUGUUCCAGAGGGUUGAUAAAGACAGGAGUGGAGUAAUAUCUGACAGUGAACUUCAGCAGGCAUUAUCCAAUGGAACAUGGACUCCAUUUAAUCCAGCAACUGUCAGGUCAAUCCUGUCCAUGUUUGACAGAGAGAACAAAGGUGGCGUGAACUUCAAUGAAUUCACUGGAGUCUGGAAGUAUAUCUCAGAUUGGCAGAAUGUUUUUCGAACGUAUGAUAGAGACAGUUCUGGAAUGAUUGACAAAAAUGAACUAAAGCAAGCACUAACAGGUUUUGGAUAUCGACUAUCUGAUCAAUUCUAUGAUAUCCUUGUUCGGAAAUUUGACAGACAAGGAAGAGGACAAAUUGCUUUUGAUGACUUCAUUCAGUGCUGUGUUGUGUUGCAGAGGCUGACUGAUGUAUUCAGGCGCUAUGAUACUGAUCAGGAUGGCUGGAUUCAAGUGUCUUAUGAACAAUAUCUUUCCAUGGUCUUCGGCAUUGUAUGACAGUGACCAGUGCAAAUGAGAUUGGCCGUUAGCGAUACAAAGACUGGAGUUGCCAAAUCUUGUUACUUACUGAAUGACUAAAAUGGAUAUAACUUUUUUCAUUCUCUUAAAUUGUGUAUCUCACCAGCUUCAGAAUCUGUUUGUACUCAAGCUGCUCAGCUUUUAUGUUGUAUUACUGUAACAACAAUGGCCAUAUCACUAUUUAGAAUUGUUUGUGAUGUCAGUGCUAAACACUUUUUUCCAGAUUAUCAUGCAUGGGGGAAAAAAUAUUUUUUAGAAAUGCCAAAUUAAAGUAGUAAUGCUUGUUUAAUUAAAAGGGAUUUAAAGGUCAGACAGAAGUUGCACAACAUGGUUUGCACGUGCCUUACUUUUUAUAAGAAUUUAAUGCAUUAAUUUUAAUACAGAAUUUAAAACAGUAAAGACAUUAGACAGUCACACUGUCCUGUCCAGUUUUUGUGCAUAAGGACAUUUCUCCAAAGGCAACUCUGAUCGAUCCCUGCUCUUGUGUUUCAUGAUGUCUGAACUUAAGCCUCAGGUGUGCUGAGUCAUUGAAUGGCCUCAUCAGCAGGAGAGGCAACUUGCCUUUCUGCCAAGCUCAAUAGCCAGCAAUUGAACAUACCCCUAGUUCUUUACUCAUCAUGGAUGGGUUUGAGUUGGAGCUUCCUUUUUAACUUCUGCUGUCUGCUCCCUGCUAUGCCUGACCAAUUUAGUUCCGGCUCGCUUUUUCUAUUGUUUAGUUCUUAGCUAAGUGCAGAUUCUUCUUUGAGUGACAUCCCUGUGGAUGCUCCACUACAGGUGAUUCUGCGCCCCCAUGGGAGAAUUCAGUGCCUGGUUUGGCCACAUAUGCAUCCUCCCUAUCUCAUGCUGCCAGUAGCAGUUAACUAACAUUGUGUGACCAAACCUCCCCCGCCCUGCCUCAGUUCUUUCUCAACCACCCUUAGUCUGAGUCAGCUACCAACAGUGCCUCUGUAUGUCUUACCUUUAGGUAUAAUAAGCAGUAUAGUUAAGUACAUAUCUAACUCUUUUUUCUUUUUCUUCUCCCCAUUAGAAAUAGAAAUUUUUGUUUCAUUAGCCCCUUUGAUAGAAAACUUCACCUGGGAAUGCUGGGUGUCUCUAAGCUUUAAACCUUUUUUUAGCUAA